UCUGAGCCUGUCCUCGGUAUUUGUGUAUUCUGUUGCCUCCGCCCGACACCCCUCCCUCCCUCCGGGAUCCCUGUUACCGUAAGGACGAGCGGAGGAGCCGCGGAGCCCGGAGGCUGUGCCCUGCGCUGCGUCUGUCGCGUGUUGGGGUGUGCCACCACCCCUAAAAUUCGGAUGAGGAAGGUGGGACAGUUACCCGUGUUUUUUGCUUCAGCCCGGGCUGGGAAGGAUUUUCUCUUUCACACUUUGCUGAUCUUCCAUCCCGCUACCCUGGGUCAGUGCCCGCUCUUUAAUAGAGAUUUAUAGCUGCAGCAACAUGUUAGCGAGGUACCACACGGGGGUUUUGUAAGCUGAACUGGGCACUUCAAGUUUUAUCGUAACUUUUGUAUUUAAAGGUUAUAGUGAGUGAAUAAAUAGCGUUUUCAUGUGUGUUGUACUUGGGUGGUUUUCUGUAAAGUAUGAUAAUCAGUUGUUUUUUUUUCUCUAGCACUUUUCUCAGCAGUUAGUAAGAUCGGCCUGAUUACUGCCUGUAUUUCUAUAAUAAGAGCAAAUUCGGACGCAGUUAAUAGACUCUAGGCACAUAAUUCACUGAAUAGCCAGUGGCUACCAAAGCUGGUUGGGCAGAAGCGUGCUGGAGAUGGUUGUGUGCCUGGCAGGGUAUAUGCUCAUUGUGACCAUGGGCUUGCCUUGGACUUUUGCUUGAGGGUAAAAAGUUGGAAUUGUUAAAGAGUUGUCUUAAUUCAACAGGAUGUAUGCAAGCGUUUGAUGGAUUCUACCAGUAAAAUACUUAUUUUGAUACUCAGUGGUUUUUGUAAGGAGCAGUAGUUGUUCCGUCACGAAAGUAUAGAAACCGAGAGCAAACGAUAGGGAUGUCAUUUGGAGAAAUGAGUACAUUCUUUACUUUUUUCGUAAUUUGGGGGGAAUCUUUCAAAUUCGACUGUGUAGCAUGAUGUACAGAUGCGCUUCUUUAUCAUCUGCUUUCACAGAAGUAUUUUUAUAGUAUGUUAAAAUGAUUCGAAUGUUUGACCCUCCUUGGAAGGCAGUUAAUGUUUCUGUAUUUGUUGUGGCCGAGGUACAGCUUUUGUUGGCUCAGUCUAAAAUACCAUGUGAUACAGUUGCCACGAAUUCAAGCGUAGCGGGGUGAGGAGAAAGGAAGAGCUUUAACUUCUCUGAGAUGUUGCAGACUGCCAGCAAAAUCCACACAAAAUUCCCACCCUUUCUGCAAGGCGGACCCGUGCCACACGUCGCUCGCGUUGUGAGUUUACCCGUGUGAGGUUUGCAGGUUGACCAGCCUCGAUCACAGUGCUAGAGACCUGAAGCAAGGAUCCUGACCGAUGCAUAUUCAGUACAGCCUGACUUCUUGAGGAGAACAAGUAUUUCCCUGAAAGUCUGUUCCCUCAAAGCAGCACACAGGAUAAGCUUGGAUAGAAGGAGAUACAUGGGACACACAGACAAUUAAACACUGGAAGAGACACUGUGCUUCAAGUCCCAAGAUUAGUAAAGGAGGAAUUGGACAAAGGACCCUGAAGACCAUGGAGGGAGACUGUCUGAGCUGCAUGAAAUACCUGAUGUUUCUUUUCAAUUUCUUUAUAUUUCUGGGAGGAGCAUGCCUGCUGGGACUCGGGAUCUGGGUCAUUGUGGAUCCCACAGGUUUUCGGGAGAUAGUGGCUGCCAACCCUCUGCUCUUCACGGGAGCCUACAUCAUGCUGGCCAUGGGAGCAAUGCUCUUCCUGCUGGGCUUCCUGGGCUGCUGUGGUGCCAUCCGUGAGAACAAAUGCCUCCUGCUGUUUUUCUUCAUGUUUAUUUUGUUAAUCUUCCUGGCGGAGCUUUCAGCUGCAAUCCUGGCUUUUAUAUUCAGAGAAAAUCUGACCAGAGAGUUUUUCACCAAGGAGCUGAAGAAGCAUUACCAGAGGAACAAUGACACGGAUGUCUUCUCUGCCACCUGGAACUCUGUGAUGAUCACAUUUGCCUGCUGUGGAGUGAACGGACCAGAAGAUUUUGAAGCUAUUCCUCAUCUUCCAUACUCCUCUUUGGACAAGGUGACAGUGACACCAGAGGCUUGUUGCCAGCGAGAGCUCCAGAGCCGGGAAGGGAUGUUUGUCAACAAGGAAGCUUGUCUGUCAGGCAAUGAGAGGUUUCAGAACCGGCAGGGCUGCUACACCGUGAUCCUGAACUCCUUUGAGACAUACGUGUACCUGGCAGGAGCUCUUGCCAUCGGAGUGCUGGCUAUUGAGCUGUUUGCCAUGAUCUUUGCUAUGUGUCUCUUUCGAGGGAUCCAGUAAAGAAGUGGCCCAUGAACCAUCAUGUUCCCCACAUGCUCAGAAGAAAGAAGGAAAAUCUGAAGAAACAAAACC